AUGAGGUGGGAGAACCAGACCAGUGUGUCCGAGUUCCUCCCCCUGGGGCACCCCAUCCAUCCAGAGCAGCGGAGCCUGUUCUUCGCCCUGUCCCUGGGCAUGUACCUGAUCACAGUGCUGGGGAAACUGCUCAUCAUCCUGCUCAUCAGGCUGGACUCGCGCCUCCACACCCCCAUGUACUUCUUCCUCAGCCCCUUGGCCUUCACUGAUGUCUCCUUCUCGUCUGUCACUGUCCCAAAGAUGCUCACGAAUAUGCACACUCAGCAACUGUCCAUCUCCUAUAGUGGGUGCAUUUCCCAGAUGUAUUUCUUUGUGGUCUUUGCUUGUCUUGACACUUUCCUUCUUGCAGUGAUGGCCUUUGACAGGUACGUGGCCAUCUGUCAGCCCCUGCACUACAACACCAUCAGGGCGGAGCUGUGUGUCUCCUUAGUAGCUGGGUGCUGGUUCUUUUCCCUUAUCCACUCUCUGUUGCACACCCUGCUCUUGAUCCAAGUUAUGAGGUGGGAGAACCAGAGCAGCGUGUCUGAGUUCCUCCUCCUGGGGCUCCCCAUCCGGCCAGAGCAGCAGGGUCUGUUCUUCGCCCUGUUCCUGGGCAUGUACCUGACCACGGUGCUGGGGAACCUGCUCAUCAUCCUGCUCAUCAGGCUGGACUCGCGCCUCCACACCCCCAUGUACUUCUUCCUCAGCCACUUGGCCUUCACUGAUGUCUCCUUCUCAUCUGUCACUGUCCCCAAGAUGCUCACGAACAUGCACACUCAGCAAAUGUCCAUCUCCUAUAGAGAAUGUAUUUCCCAGAUGUAUUUCUUACUGUUCUUUGCCACUCUUGACAGUUUUCUUCUUGCAGUGAUGGCCUUUGACAGGUACGUGGCCAUCUGUCAGCCCCUCCACUACACCACCAUCAUGAGGCAGGAGCUGUGUGUCUCCUUAGUAGUGGGAUCCUGGUUUGUUUGCCUGAACCACUCUCUGUUGCACACUCUGCUCUUGAUCCAAGUGUCCUUCUGUGCUGACAAUACCAUCCCCCACUUCUUCUGUGACCUCCCUGCACUCCUGAAGAUGAGCUGCUCAGACGUGUCCCUCAAUGAGUUGGUCAUCUUCACUGAAGCAGGAUUGGUCUGUUCCCUGUGUUUGGGUUGCAUCCUAGGCUCCUAUAUCCGUGUAGCGACUACUGUCCUGAGGGUCCCCUCCACUAAAAGUCUUUUCAAAGCCUUGUCUACCUGUGGCUCCCACCUUCUUGUUGUGUCUUUAUACUAUGGGACAGCUGCAGGAGUUUACUUCUCCUCAUCAUACACCUCCAGAGACAAAGAAAUUAUCGCCUCUGUGAUGUACACGGUCGUCACCCCCAUGCUGAACCCCUUCAUCUACAGCCUGAGGAAUAGAGAUAUAAAACAGGCCUUUGAGACAUUUGUCAAUAAGAUUACUUUCAAAUGAUGACCUGUAAAUCAUCUGA